AUGAAACUGACCGAGAUCCCCGACGACGAACUCGCCGAGGCGAUGCCAGUCGCGAAGAAGAUCGCAAGUGCUCUGGGAGCGCAAGACUACAAUAUCCUGCAGAAUAAUGGUCGGAUAGCGCAUCAGGUGGUUGAUCAUGUUCAUUUCCACGUAAUACCAAAGCCGGACGAACAGCAAGGGCUCGGGAUCAGUUGGCCGCAGCAAAAGGUGGAGAUGGACGAGUUGAAACAGUUGCAUGAGCAGUUGAAGAGUAAGAUGUAG